GCGGCGGCGGACGGCGGGAGUACCAGCGUGGGCUGAAACGGUGAGUGAGUGCCUUCGUGAGUGACACAGGUGAGGAAGACUGGCAGGUACUGAAAUAAUGUUUUCACUCGGCUAACGCUUGGAAAGACUUGAGUGGCCUCGGCUUGCUGUCAAGUGUCGUGGUGUGGUGAGGUGCAGAACAACGUGUAUCUCAGGGAAGAAAGCAACUUUUGAACUCGCGGAAUAACACAGAGGAGCCCGGGAUGACCUGAGAGUUGGAGCAGUUGACGGUGGUGACGGUGAUGAAGUCGAAUAGGUCUUCAAUACUGGACAGGAGUUUGUUUAAAAAUACGACUAGCCUGCCGUUCUCUUGCAUUCAGUUAUAUUCGCUGCAAUAUUCACGACAUACUGUGUUUUGUAAAAUAACAUUACUAAACGCUGCCGUGCUGUUCAUCCUGAGUGCAGAGUGUUUGUGACUGACACGAGCAGUGAAUGACAGAAACAGGAGCAUUUUGGUGAACAAACUUUGAUGACCGUGUCCAGCCCUCAUGGCCCCUCCACGUGUGCCUCAGGCUGGCAAUGGGGGCACAUCCUUCACUGCGGCCUUCACUGCACCCACUAAACGCCCUGGUAUAUCCACUGGGGGGCACAAACGGCCCAGCAGGAACCCACCUCAAAGCAGGAUAACGCCUAGAGUCACCUCUGUAAAAAAGCAGUCAGUGGGCGUGAACCUGAAGGGGCCUCGACAAGGGGAGCGCGACGGAAGCAGGACCGAGAAUGUGGCGUUUGACCCUGGGGGAGGCGGCGCUGCAGCAGGGGCGGUGGGGGAGGAAGUACCAAGACGCCCCAGGAUGCGCCCCGCCCCGCCCCUCCCCAAACCUGAACCGAGGAUAGUGAAGCCCAAAGGGAAGAUGACGCAGAAGGAGUUCGAGCCAGAGGAUUACACCUUCUUUGACCGUGCAUUUGGUGAACUCUCUCAACAUUACCUGCAGCUGAAGACUCGCGCCCAAGCAGAGCCCGUCGCGUCCUCGUCAAGAAGUGGCCAGCCGGGGCCUCAGCGGCACUUCAGGCGAGCCGAGACCCAGGCAGACAGCAGUGCGCCUCAGGGUUCACAGGUAUUCCGAAGUAGACUCUCAAAAUCCGACAGUAAUAAGAAAUACCCUGAAUCCCUGAGCGAGGAGUACCGUCCGUCCCGCUCGGCACCAGCAAGGGUCAUCAGAGGGCGGCGAGUGAUCACAGAGAGUCCCGCCACUCCUCAAGGAAGUCCUGCACAGCACAAAAAGGCAUCUGGGAAAAAGUAUCUUGUGAGCCACAAGAAGCCGCGUCCAGCUUCCCUCGGGCCUGGUGUGAACAAGCAGGCAGGCAGUGAGCAGGCCCCGCCCCUCCCCACCAAAAGGACCACUUGGGAUCUAAACGGGACACUUUUAGAGGAACUUAACAAGCUAAGUGAAGACAAAGAUCCUGCAGCUCCUCAAAUAAGUGAUAAAGAUUCCUCUGAAAAGCCGCUUGAAAGAGAGAACAAUCUUUGGGGCUUCGUGAAAACCAGUCUUUUAGCUGAGGGUGCCGCGGGUACUGCCUCUCCGGUCCCAGAGAGCUCGGGAGUCCCUGGUAUAAGAGGCGGCAAGGUGCAGCCCAGCCACAACAGCUCCCGCCUACAGGAGAUACUGUACGGGAGGGCUAAUGAGUCGCCACGUGCAUCCCCAGCCAGCCAGCAGCAGCAGCAGCAGCAGCGAGCCCACAGCCCCGGCGUAAGUGUCGGGGGCGGCAUGACAUCCACCAAGCACAUGUCACUCCUGGAACGCAAGAAGAAGCAGUGGGAGGAGGAGAGAGGUAAGAGAUAG